AUGCCCGUCGUCGAGAUAGUAAAGGUGUCUGCAUCCGAAGCAUACAAAGCCGAUCCAUCGAUAUUAAAUCCAGUAGCAAAAUUUCUGUCAUACUCUGGCUUGGCAGAAGAAGACGGAGUGACACUUUAUCUCCUCGUCGUAUGGGAGACUCUUGAGCAUCACAGAGCACUACAAAGAAGGCCCGGGUAUCCUCAAAUCGUUGGCCUCGGCCCAGCCAUCGAUGGUGAACUCCAAAUGCACCAUGUGGAAUUUAACAAAGAUAUAUCAAGUGCCCUAAAUGCACCUGUCACAGAGAUUGUGCGCCUGGCUCUAAAGCCAGGGGUUCAGACUGCUACAAAGGAGCGUUUAUACGAGCUUUUAAAAGACGGCGGGGAAAAGAUUGAUGCAAAGAAUACACACGUACCAGCUAUCUGGGGACAAUCUACGGAGGAUACUCAAGUAUUUUGGUUUCUUUGUGGAUGGGAUAGCGUGAAGGUUCAUACCGAUAUUAUUCACGGCGAUCUGGCUAAUUUCGCGCCUUUUAUCGGUGGGAUAAAUGAAAUCGGAGACACAACGGUAUUGCAUGCUAAGCUGUUAAAGCACAGCACAGACUAG